AUGUUCAGAUCCGUUCUUCGCCAACAAAAAGCUGCUCAAUUCAGCAUCAGAUCUUUAGCCACUGCUACUACUGAAAAAGCUCCAAGAUUAAAGAAAUUCCAAGUUUAUAGAUGGAACCCAGAUACCCCAGAAGUUCAACCAAAAAUGCAAACUUAUGAAGUUGACUUGAACAAAUGUGGUCCUAUGGUUUUGGAUGCUCUUUUGAAAAUUAAGAACGAACAAGAUGCCACAUUGACUUUGAGAAGAUCUUGUCGUGAAGGUAUUUGUGGUUCUUGUGCCAUGAACAUUGGUGGUAGAAACACAUUGGCUUGUUUAUGUCGUAUAGAUCAAGAUGAAACUAAAGACUUGAAAGUUUACCCAUUGCCACAUAUGUUUGUUGUUAGAGAUUUGGUCCCAGAUUUAACUCACUUCUACAAACAAUACAAGUCUAUUGAACCAUACUUGCAAAGAGAUUCCAACCCAGCUGAUGGUAGAGAAAACUUGCAAAGUAUUGAAGACAGAGCUAAAUUGGAUGGUUUGUACGAAUGUAUUUUGUGUGCUUGUUGUUCAACUUCUUGUCCAUCUUACUGGUGGAAUCAACAACAAUACUUGGGUCCAGCUGUCUUGAUGCAAGCUUACAGAUGGUUGAUUGAUUCAAGAGAUCAAGCUACUGCAUCCAGAAAAGCUAUGUUGCAAAACUCUAUGUCCUUGUACAGAUGUCAUACCAUCAUGAACUGUACCAAAACUUGUCCAAAAGGUUUGAACCCUGGUAGAGCUAUUGCUGAAGUUAAAAAACAAUUAGCCUUUGAUUAA